GGAUCGCAUUUGUUCUUCUGCCCUCUUCAUGGGCUUAAAAGGUCCCUUGUAACAGUUUUCAUUUCAUCUCCUUUACCCUUCUCUGCUGGUCAGAAAGUCAAACUCUGGUAGUUCUCAUCUACUAUCCACGCUUGUCGACCAUGCGCUUCUACACUGUCAUUGUUAUAUCCUCUUUCCUGGCCACGGUCUUCGCCGCGCCUCAUAUUCAACAAAACCAUGAUAUGAAUACUAUUCUUGAACGUAGAGUAUAUCAUGCAGUUGCAACAAGUUCAAAAACAUCAGGACAACCUUCUGCAACUGCAAAGCCUGGACUAACCGAAAUCUCAUUCGACGAAAAAGACGUUGGAAAAAAUUCGGAACGACCGGACUGGGAACUUGAAUGCUUCAAUUAUCCCUUGAAACACUACAAAGGCCAAAAUGAUCUAAUUCUCAGAGAAUUUGGAAAGGAUCGCUUAAAGGAUUUUCAGAAGGAGGUUGAAAAAGUCAAAGCCGCGAAACGAUAUGUCGACUCGGGUAUACAUUAUGACUCUACCAAGUCUACUGUGUCGAAAGCUUUGAGGCAGUACACCUAUGUCAUCAUCCUGACUACGUCUAAAGCUGGCAUGUCGUUUUUGGAGGACCCUAGUGACGAUGAGUCUCAGAAGGGCGCUAGCCGUUCUCGAUCGUAGUUGAUAAUUUCAAAAGAUCGUUUAGCAUAUCGGCGUUAACUAGAUAUGUAUAUACGAUCGGACAAUUUAUUGCCAUAGCAUUUAGCGGAAACUCGUUCUAGUAGGUUCUAGUAGAAAUCUGUUCUUAGCGGUACACAUUGGGACCUAUGUUUGCAUAUAUGCUCAUGUACAUGUAUCACCCAGUGACUCGAGUUCAACAGGCACUCGCACCGUCGAUAUUGCUUCUGGGAAUUUCGCUGGGUGAGCUCACAGCUACAUAGUACUGGCUUUUGCCACUGCGGUAAAUUCUCCCGCCACAGCAAAAUUCAGCCCAAGCAGCAAUUUUAUGCACUGCAUGAUGAUGCAUCACAG